AUGGCCAGCGGGGCCCCGGCGGCACUGGACGAGGUGCGCGAGGGCUUCCUGUGUCCGCUGUGUCUGCAGGACCUGCUGUCCUUCACUCAGCUCCAGCAGCACUACCAGGAGCGGCACUGCGGGGAGGGCCGGGGGGCCGGCACCCCGCUCAGAGAUUUGGUUCAGAAAGCUAAAAAAGCGAAGGACAAAUUUCUGAAGCGAGAUGGGGAGGACAAUUCGGACUCUGGCCGUCCAGAAUCUUUUUACCCCGGAGGCAUCGAUCCGUUGAUGUGGGAGCCACAGGAGCUUGGUGCCAGAAGGAGUCACCUUGACUACUUCAAGAAGCAUCGAGCUGCGAGAAUUGACCACUAUGUCAUUGAAGUGAACAAGCUGAUCAUCAGGUUAGAGAAGCUUACGGCCUUCGACCGAGUAAAUAUGGAAUCAGCCAAAAUCCGAGAUAUUGAGCAGUCGGUUGUUCCUUGGGUGAAUGAUCAGGAUGUACCUUUCUGUCCAGACUGCGGCACCAAGUUCAGCAUCAGGAACAGGCGACAUCACUGUCGCCUGUGCGGCUCCAUCAUGUGCAAAAAAUGCAUGCAAUUUCUGACUCUGGCGUUGGCCAACAAGCUGACGAGCGCCAGCCGGGAGGCUGUAGCCUUGAGCCACAGCCCGUCGCAGUCCCCAGGCAGCAGUCGCAGCUCGAGGCGGGGCAGCAUCAACAGCGUGAGCAGCAUCAGCUCCAUCCUGGAGGAGAAGGUCGACGAGAGAAUCCGCUGCUGCCGACACUGCAGUGUGACGCUCCUCAGGCGCGAGCAGCAGAUCGACGAGAAGGAGAACGUCCCCGAAAUUGUCAAGCUGUACGAAAAACUGAGGCAAUGCAUGGAGAAGGUCGAUCAGAAAGCCCCCGACUACAUCAAGAAGGCAGAAUCGUUAAAUGCUGGAGAGACGACGUACAAUCUUGAGCACACCACUGACACCCGACUGGAGCUACAGAGGUUGUAUGAGUUGAUAGACAUUUUCAGUAAAAAGAUCCUGUCCCUUGGCCUCAAAGAUGACCCAAAGCCACAUCCAAAGACUGUCCAGCUGCAGAGGAUGAUAAGAUAUGCCUCCACUCUCUUUGUGCAGGAAAAGCUUCUGGGGCUGAUGUUUUUACCAACUAAAGAACAAUAUGAAGAACUGAAGAAGCAGAGAAAGCAGGAGCUUGAAAAGAAGCUUCAGCUGGAAAGACAGAACGCACUGGAAGCUCAGAAGCUAAAGACGGAAAAGAAAUGGAGAGAAGCUGGUGAUAAGCCAGGAGUCACUGCCAACGGCAACGCACUACACUCCCCCAAGCCCACAAUCCGUAAAGCUAGCGGCUGGCUAACAGCGACCAACGUGACCUGGGACAUGGAAAACUCUGACCCACUUCUGCAGCAGAUUGAAAACAUUAAACAUUUUAUUCAGCAAGCUCAACAAGCCAGCCGCUUCGAUGAAAUCUGCACUUUGGAGGAAAACCUGAGGCAGUUGCAGACUGAGUACGAUGAUCAGCAAACUCAGAAAGCCAUCGAGCUUUCCAGAAAGCAGGCGGAGGAGGAGGGACUGCAAAGGGAACAGAUUGAUCGCCUCCUCCUCCAGGGGCAGCAGCAGAAGAAAUUAUCUCAACACUUACGCACCCGUUCUUUAGACUUCAGAGAGGUGCACGCCAGCCCUCAGACCUCCACUACAACCACAACACAAAGGUUUGACCGAGUGAAAGAACCGGACCUGAAUACUGCCCAAAACAAGCAACGAUUGUUAUCAAAAACGCAGUCCAUGAGAACUUUUCAUCAGCCAACAAAUCCGACCAAUUUAGCCUCUCUACCGACCUACCGAGAGAUGCCAGAAGCGAACAGAGAGCCGCAGAGAAGAGUCGGCUCCUUAAAUCCAUUUGAAGAUGACAAAACCGGUAAUCCCUUCGUUGAUGAAGAUGCUUUGAAUCCAUUUUGUGAUGAGAGCUCAAGAGGCUCAUCUCCUGCUAAAGAAUUUAAUGACAAAGGUUUUUCUAAUGGAAUGAACGCGACCAAUCCAUUUGAGGGCAAGGAGGCGCCCUCCAAUCCCUUUGAAGAUGAGAAUCUCUUUCUUAAGCCUGACGAGCCUCAGAAUCCUUUCGAAGAGCCGGACUCGACAAAUCCGUUUGACACAGACGAUGACUUGAAAGCAGAAGAGGAAAUUGAGGAAGAGCUACUUAGGCAGCAGAUUAACAAUAUCCGAGCGUACAUUUUUGAUGCGAAGCAGAAUGGCCGAAUGGAUGAAGUCGAGCUGUUGACUGAAAACCUCAGGGAGCUGCAGAUUGUGUUGGCAGAGCAGAAGUGCAAAAGCUGAAUACUGCAGCGUUUGCACGAUUUUGAGGAUUUUGACGAGGUAGCAUGGUAUCUUAAGCUCAUUUAUAUUUUCUUACCUAAAUGUAUUCAACACUAACCCGCGAAGCUCGUAUCUUCUGUGCUAGAUACCCACAAUAAGGAGCAGUAUGCAUUUUUUUUUUCUUUCGGCGGUCAACAUACGGAAAUUUUUUCGGUAAACUAAAUCAAGAUUCUGCUUUGAUUGAGGCUGGGUUUUUUUUUUAAAAAAAACCACCGCACGCACACUUGUCGAGCUUUUUACCAUCUAAGCGUGUCUGUAAUGAUGUGGAGAAUAAGCUAAAAUGUGUGUCCUUCGUGGAUGAAAUUUGGCAGUAUAUUUGACCAGUGGCAUCAGUCUAUUUUGUAUCCGGGGAAACGUCGAACAUGAAAAACUUCGGGGAAAUUAUGCGAUGCAAUUUGCUGUGAUCUGUGUAGAUCUGAAACACACAGUCUGAAUGAAGGUUCUGGUCUGUGUGUGUGUUUGCUGCUCCCAUAGUUGCAUAAAUUGAGGCUGCAAUGUUCUGGAGGUCUGCUGCUAACCGAGGAUAUUUAAUACCGUUGAGUGUAUUCUGGGUCUUAUGCGUUUUGAGCUGGAAUUGAUGGAUAACUUGAGUAUAAGCAAUCCAAGGAAAUAUUAAAUUGGGUGGGGAAACCACCCUUUUUUUUGGGACCUGGGUUUGAAAACGGCCCAAACAAAAUGGGAUUGUAUGUUUUUUUUNCCUGUGCAUCUCUGAGUAGACAGUCAGAGUACAGGAACAGUUUCACUGAGCACAGAUUGCUCUUCACAAAGGUGCGCACAGUAUACCAGAUUUAAAUGUUUUGUUUAUGUUAAGUGUUUUUGAACAAGAUAUGAUCAAGAAAUUCACACUAUGGGUGGGAGGGGGUUUCGAGCUAUGUUGGGUGUCCCUGAUCAUUUUAAAUGACUUCUACUGGAAAUGGGACCAAGAAUCUUUGUUGCUGGGUUACAUGCCAGUCUUACGAAUGAGAUGGUCACAGAUUAAACUGAGGAGAUGCUUCGCCCUUAAUUUUUCCUUUGCUUUCUUCCCCCCUCCCUCCCUCCCUCCCCCAUCAUGGAGAAUAUUGUGACUAAAGUGGUGCAUCUCAUGGAGGUGGGGUGGGGGUAAACGGGAGGCAGAGGAGAAUUUGAUCAUUUACCUCAUUUUUACAAGCAUGUUAAUUAUAAAGCUCAUAGAGUUACGGUGAGUUUUAUACCUUGGGUGACCUGACCUUAGUUUGGGGAGGGGGGGGGUGUGGGGGGAAACAGAGAUGCAGAGUGAUGUGUUAAGGAACUGGAGGCUUACUGGGUGUGGUACACAAAGCACUACAUGGAAAGCUAUUGAUCUUCACACAGAUCUUAACGGAAUCACUGAUGACUUAAUUUAUGAAAUGGCUCAGCUCUUGCGUAUUUUCUCGGACACUUUUAAAUGAUGUGGGUUGUGAUGAAUGGCAGAUCCUUAAAGUUCCACAUUAGAUUUUUUUUCUCCGCCAAGCUCCAAGGAUACGUCUUAUUUGCAUGUUGUUGAGUACAGUUUGCACGUGUGUUCAUGGUUGUAGGCGAGCUGCAUAUUCUAACUGUGUCUCGGCGCCACAAAAUAGAAAGCCUCCUUUUAAAGUUUGUAUACAUUUUUAAUACUAAUUUUACAAAGAGAAUUUACUCACAGAAUGGAGUGAAAUGAUCAGCAGGACUGGACUGUUCCGAUAUCCUGUCUUUAAGUUGGCACGCCAAUGUGUGCAGUUAACUGUGAUGCACUUUAUGAAGCACAAGGACUUGGAGGCUGUUAAAUUGUGACAACAGUACAGUAACGAGGCACUGAUUAUUUUAUGUAGGAAUUCUUGAAUGUGUAAGGGAUUGAUUGGAGAGGGGGCUGUGAAAAUAGGACUUCUUGUGCUGACGAUUGCCAAAUCAAAGGGGUAGAUGGAAACAAAAAUCUGGCAAUUUACUCUGUAAUUACAGUACUGUCAUAUCCAAUACCAUGUACUCACUCUGCAAUCUCCUGCUCUCCUAGAACCAGGAACGGCAGUACUUUAUUUAGUAAAGAGUCUGUUGGCCUGGAGGUUGGUUUUGCCUUCUUGCUUGCCGGGUUAAUGAUAUUAAUGAUCUCUUGAAGAUCUUCGAACAGGGUUACAUAAUUUUAACAUUGAUGUCGUCUAAAUGUUUUGUCUGGUGCUUGUGUGUCAAAACUGACAGCAUAAAAUUGGAAUGGGAAAUGGCUUAUCAGUCUAUUUGCUGGGAGCAGGUCUAACACUUUUAUGUUCUGUGCUGUUCCACCUUAUAUAGAAUGUUUCUCAGCAUAGUUCAUACUUCUAUCCUACAAAGCUUGCUAUAUAAUAUAGAUGAUUAAUUUAGGACAUGGCCCAGCUCUUGUGUUGAAAUGAUGUAAGUUGUAUAGACUGAACAGUCAUUUGCCCAAAUAGUCAAUUAUUGCACAACUGGAAUUUACAGCAACUCUGGGGACAGCAGAUAUCUAGAAUUAAUACACUGGAUAAUUAAUAGAUUUGCUUUUAUUCCCUUAAAUCCAUUUGCAGUAACACAAGGUAGUAUCUUGCUUAAUGUAGUGUCCUACCCCUAUGCACCUUUGAACUGUGUUUAAUUGUUAAUGGGAACAACAGCAACAGUUUACAGGCCUUUGCCCCCAAGCAGUGAAUUCCCCAGGUCUUUGACCACAAGAACAAGUGACUCAAAGCUCAAUCAUUAAUGUUUUUUUUUAAAUGUCUGUCUUGUAAUUCUGCAAUUUGUAAUCACUUUCGGGCUAGUGUAGCAUGAAUAGGUCAAAUAACUUAUCUGACAGGUGUCAGAGAGUGUGUGGGAAGAUGGUGCAUAUGCAGAGUUGACAAAAAAGCUUCUGGUGGGUUUGUUGCAAGUGCAGGUUGUACAGACAGAAGACUUAAUUUGAAUCAAUCUGGAAAUGGACGGAGCACAGACUGGAACUGUUGGGUGGGUUUCCCAAACCACUGCCCAAUCCAAAGAGCCUUCCCAUGAGCUUGACCUGCGGCUGAAGUUCAUCAAACUAAAGAGCAUUGAGCCACAUUAACUCAACACUGCACAAGAAGCAUAAUCUUCAAAUAAGGGCAAAAUGAAGCCAGGGAUGGCUGAAAAUAACCCCCCUUUUGCUUGUGGAAAAAUACCUGAUUUGAUUCUAGGACUAAUAAUCUACAUAAGAUGUGGAAGAUUCUGCCUGAGUUGGACUGUAGUUGGUGCCGAACUAUUUGUGUAUCUAUAAAACGCACUAACCAAUUUUGUGUACCUUUUACUCAUGCCUGGACUUGAUUUUUAAAAAGGAUAUAAAGCAUGCACCUAACUUCUGUGUGACAAACCGUAUCAGUUGAUAUUUAGUUUAACAAUGUCUCUCUGUGCAAUAUUUAAUUCCAGUAUGAAAUCUUCUCGGUGGUAUUUUCUUUCCAGGACGGAGUACAAAACGGAAAUAAAAACUUCCUUCAGCCUUGUC